GCGCUGCAAUUGGCUGUUUGCACCACGUGACUAACGGUCGCGGGAAGUACGUUAGCGAGCGCAUGACGAGAAGGAGCUAGUAAAAGACUUCGUUUUUAAAUAACAUUUUUUUUUUCUUCUCCUGUUGUGUUGUAUGACGUGUUGUGUCUGUCUGGACCGAGGACUGACGCCGAUACCCGCCUGGACCGGGUAGUUUGUUUCGACUCCAGCCAACUUGUCAGCGAGUUGGUGUUUUUCUCAGCGCGUGUCGGAGUUAGCCAACAAUUUCGCCAUUUUGGGGAUUAGCUAACCCCGCUAAGACGCUUAACGGCACUUUUUUUUUGGUUGGUUUUCUGACCCAAAUACCUUUACUCAAGGUACUACAAGGGACGGUUUGUUGGUUUUUAGACAAACUAGUCAGCGGUUUUUGUUUUUUUUUAGUAAGUUUUUCAACAUGAGCAAGUCGAGUUCCAGCCGCCAUUGGAAGGACUCGCCGUCGCCCAAAUGUCGGCCAGUCCGUCAGAAGCUCAGCUUCACCGCCAGCGACGGGGAGGACGAGUCCGUCGACGACGUCAACGAGUCGGGCUUCACGGAAAUAGACUCCCCGACGCCGAUGCGAGGCAGCAGCGCCUUCGAGAAGCUGCUGGAGGGCGGCGGCAGCCCCGUCAGGCGCCCCGGCGGGGACGACGACCCCGUGGAGCUGUGGGACGAGGAGGGCUUCGGCUCCCCGUCCCAUUUACUCUCACCCACCUCGGCUCUCUUCGCUGCCUGCACGCCCUCGCCGAGGAAGGCGUCGCGGUUGCACCCGGACUCGUCGGAUCGCUCCUUCGACGAGGACGCGUCCAGCUCGCCCAUCCCCGCAUGCCCCGACACACCUCCGCACAAAACACUGAGGAAACUGAGACUUUUUGACACGCCGCACACACCAAAGAGCCUCCUGUCCCGCGUGAGGGGCUCGUCCAGCACGAGGGGCUCCCUCUUCAGGAAUGUGGAGCGCACAGCGAUGUCCAGGAGCCAGCCCACGCACCUGGUCAACUUUAACCCCUUCACGCCCGACUCCCUGCUCAUCCAGUCGGCCGCGCAGCAGCAGCGAAACAACAGGAAGCGAGCGCACUGCAAUGUCUCCGGUGGCGAAGACAUGGAGACGAGCGACGCUGAAGGCGACGAGGAGAUCCUGCCGCCGUCCAAAAGGGUCACUAUGAUGGGGAGCAACAUGAUGUCUCGGUACGCCUCAGAGUUCCUGGAGCUGGAGAAGAUUGGCUCUGGUCAGUUUGGUGCCGUGUUCAAGUGUGUGAAGAGACUGGACGGCUGCAUCUACGCCAUCAAGCGCUCCAAGAAGCCUCUGGCCGGAUCCGUGGACGAGCAGAACGCCCUGCGGGAGGUGUACGCCCACGCCGUUCUGGGCCAGCACCCCCACGUUGUGCGCUACUACUCGGCGUGGGCCGAGGACGACCACAUGCUCAUCCAGAACGAGUACUGCAACGGCGGCACGCUCUCCGACGUCAUCGCCGACAACACCAAGCGCCUGGGCCACCUGGCGGAGCUGGAGCUCAAGGACCUCCUUCUACAGGUUGCCCGCGGCCUGAAGUACAUCCACUCCAUGUCGCUGGUGCACAUGGACAUCAAGCCGAGCAACAUCUUCAUUUGUCACAAGUCUGUCAGCAGCUGUGACGACGACGACGAUGACGACCUGAACACCAGCGUGGUCUACAAAAUAGGGGAUUUAGGUCACGUGACGCGCGCCAGCAACCCUCAGGCGGAGGAAGGCGACAGUCGCUAUUUGGCCAACGAAGUUCUCCAAGAGGCGUACACGGACCUGGCCAAGGCGGACAUCUUCGCCCUCGCUCUGACCGUCAUCAGCGCAUCAGGGGCGGAGCCUCUGCCCACCAAUGGUGACACGUGGCAUGAAAUCCGCCGAGGAAAACUGCCCAUCAUCCCUCAAGUGCUCUCGCCAGAGUUUGUCAGCCUGCUAAAGCUGAUGAUCGACCCCGACCCCGCCAGGCGUCCUUCCGCCUCGGACCUCAUCCGUCACCCGGUGCUCCUGACGGCCGCCAAAAUGAGCGCCGAGCAGCUCCGAGUGGAACUCAACGCCGUCAAGUUCAAGAAUGCUCUCCUGCAGAAGGAGCUUCAAAAAGCCCAGCUGGCCAAAACCGCCCCGGAGGAGACCAGCAGCACGCGGACCCGCUCCACCAGAACGUGCAGACUCAUUGGCAAGAUGAUGAGCCGCUCUGUCAGUCUCAACAUCUUUUAAAAGCUUCACUUUUUUUUACCUGUACAUACUCCAAAAAAUACAACCGGCCAACCUGUACAUAGUUAUUUAAUAAAUCCCUUUAUCUACA